GGCCGGGCUCAAACUGCUCCCGCAGCCACAGACCCGUCAGCGCAGCAGUGGCGCUGCUCAGACCCGGUGCAGACGCCAGGCGGCCGCCCGCGCACGCCGCAGCCUCGCUCCCUCCCCCGGCGCGCGCAGCCCGUCCAGCCUCCGCGGCGGCUGCCGCUGGCUCACUCUCCCCUCGCCAGGGGCGCUCCGGGAGACGCUCGACCGGGCCAGGGCUCCUGGUCCGAGGCUGCAGACCGUGAGGCCGAGCGGGCGCCGGUGGGAGCCACUACCCCGGGCGCCAUCGCUCCCACUCCUAGAGCUCGGUGCACACGGGCGAUCGCCGCCUCUUUUCGGGACCUAGACGCCAGCUUCGUCGCCUCCCUGCCGGUGACCGAGGCGAGAACCCUUGCGGGUUGUGCGCGGAGGCCAGUCGCCACUGCUGAGUUGAAACAAAAUGUCAGUCAGUGUGCAUGAGAACCGCAAGUCCAGGGCCAGCAGUGGCUCCAUCAACAUCUACCUGUUUCAUAAGUCUUCCUAUGCGGACAGUGUCCUCACUCACUUGAACCUUCUGCGCCAGCAGCGGCUCUUCACAGAUGUCCUUCUCCAUGCAGGAAAUAGGACCUUCCCCUGCCACCGGGCAGUACUGGCUGCAUGUAGCCGCUACUUUGAGGCCAUGUUCAGUGGUGGUCUGAAAGAGAGCCAGGACAGUGAAGUCAACUUUGACAAUUCCAUCCACCCAGAAGUCUUGGAGCUGCUUCUCGACUAUGCAUACUCCUCCCGGGUCAUCAUCAAUGAAGAAAAUGCAGAAUCGCUCCUGGAGGCUGGGGACAUGCUGGAGUUUCAAGACAUCCGAGAUGCUUGUGCAGAAUUUCUGGAGAAGAACCUACAUCCCACCAACUGCCUGGGUAUGCUGCUGCUGUCCGAUGCCCACCAGUGCACCAAGCUGUACGAACUGUCCUGGAGAAUGUGUCUCAGCAACUUCCAGACCAUCCGGAAGAACGAAGAUUUCCUCCAGCUACCCCAGGACAUGGUUGUACAGCUCCUGUCCAGCGAAGAGCUGGAGACAGAAGAUGAGAGGCUUGUAUAUGAGUCCGCAAUGAACUGGAUCAGUUAUGACCUGAAGAAGCGCUACUGCUACCUUCCAGAGCUGCUGCAGACGGUGAGGCUGGCCCUCUUGCCAGCCAUCUAUCUUAUGGAGAACGUGGCCAUGGAAGAACUUAUCACUAAGCAGAGGAAGAGUAAGGAGAUUGUGGAAGAGGCUAUCCGGUGCAAACUGAAAAUCUUGCAGAAUGAUGGUGUGGUUACCAGCCUCUGUGCCCGUCCUCGGAAAACUGGCCAUGCACUCUUCCUCCUGGGAGGACAGACUUUCAUGUGUGACAAACUGUAUCUGGUAGACCAGAAGGCCAAAGAAAUCAUUCCCAAGGCCGACAUUCCCAGCCCGAGAAAAGAGUUCAGUGCAUGUGCAAUUGGCUGCAAAGUAUACAUUACUGGGGGGCGGGGGUCCGAAAAUGGAGUCUCAAAAGAUGUGUGGGUUUACGAUACCCUGCAUGAGGAGUGGUCCAAGGCUGCCCCCAUGUUGGUGGCCAGGUUUGGCCAUGGCUCUGCCGAGCUCAAGCACUGCCUGUAUGUGGUUGGUGGGCACACAGCUGCAACUGGCUGUCUCCCAGCCUCCCCCUCUGUCUCUCUAAAGCAAGUAGAACAUUAUGACCCCACAACUAACAAAUGGACCAUGGUGGCCCCACUCCGAGAAGGUGUCAGCAACGCUGCCGUUGUGAGUGCCAAACUCAAGCUGUUUGCUUUCGGAGGUACCAGUGUCAGUCAUGACAAGCUCCCCAAGGUGCAGUGUUAUGAUCAGUGUGAGAACAGGUGGACGGUCCCGGCCACCUGUCCCCAGCCCUGGCGUUACACAGCAGCAGCUGUGCUGGGGAACCAGAUUUUUAUUAUGGGUGGAGAUACAGAGUUCUCUGCCUGUUCUGCUUACAAAUUCAAUAGUGAGACUUACCAAUGGACCAAGGUGGGAGAUGUGACAGCCAAGCGCAUGAGCUGCCACGCCGUGGCCUCCGGGAACAAACUCUACGUGGUUGGAGGAUACUUCGGCAUUCAGCGUUGCAAGACUUUGGACUGUUACGAUCCAACCUUAGACGUGUGGAACAGCAUAACCACAGUCCCAUACUCGCUGAUUCCUACUGCGUUCGUCAGCACCUGGAAACAUCUGCCUUCUUAAAUGCAGUGUAUCCUAAAGAAAGCGAGCUUGAGCUCACACCGUCUGCUCAGUGAGACAAUACGAGGUUUCUGCUUUGGAGAAGCCAAGUUUAAUGAAGAGAAAGAAAAAAAGGAGAAGUUGCUACAAGACUCCUCGAAUACCAUCGGCUGCACCUUGUGAAUGCUCUAAGUGGACAUGAAGGAAGGGGUGGGGGAGGGAGGGUGGGAUUUUUCAGUGCAAGUAGCACGUGGUUUAAAUAUGAAUGACUGAACCUGUGAUCUAGUCCUUGUCUUGUAAUUGUGGAUUAAUGUCAGCGUUAAUCAGCCCCUCAAAGGGAGAGAAAAGCUGGGCCUUUUCCUUUGCUGUACCUCAUUCAGCAUUUGAUUUCCGUGGGCUCCACCAUUUAUGUGUAAGAUUUGAAAUGGUUGUCACCUUCCUCUGAGGAGUGAGCUUGAAGCCCCCACGCCAGCUGCUGUUGGAGACUCAAAGCCAGGCGUGGGUCAGGAGGGAAGCUGGGCUGGCUGAAUGGAGAAUGGGAACCGCUGGACUCUCCACUCAUCUUGAAGGGGUUGAGCCCCCCAGGAACGCCUCUGAACAAUGGGGACAUUGUUGGUAGCCAUUUGGUAGAUGCUCUUUGCUAUUUAUAAGUGACUUUAAACCUUCCCUUGGCUGUUAAGAAAUGUGUUCUAGAUUUAGUUAUUUAUUGUUUGAUGCCUGCAUGCUGAAACAGCGUUUAGUGCUGUCUUCACGCGUAAGGACGUGUGUGAAUGGUUGUAUGUUUUGCACGUUUCGUGGCUAUUGAUGUGCUUUGCUGCACAAAAAUGAAAACUUCGGGGUUAUAAUUUGGAGGGUAAAAACUAGAGGGCGGGUGGGGGAGGGGUGGAUUCUUGAAAUGUCUGGACAGAGAAGGAUUCCAAAACGGAAACUUAAAUUACAUCCCAGAGGCAGAGAAACCAGGGAGGUCACUUUUCCUAGACCACCUUUUACCGAGGUUUCGUGGGUAUGUUUGUGCUGAUGGCGGGUCCCAGGGGAGCAGGAUAUGGGCCUGCCCUUCUUCUUCCCGUUUGAUUGACCUAACUUCAGUCUCAGCUGCUGCUGUUUGGAAAGGACCAAAUUGCUUUACAGGUUUUUUGUUUUAUGUAAUAUCCUGAAACCCUGGGGAAAUUUUAUGGACUAGUUCUGUAUAUAGGGCGCAGGUGAAGGCAUUGUCCAAAGUUUAUUUAUUUAUCUAUUUAUUUACCCUCGGUGAAUGCUUUGUAAUAACCACACCAAUGGGAAAAACUAAACUGUCUCAGAUGUAAGCUGAUUCACUGACUACAUUGCUUGACCCACGCUCAUGGCUCUUGGACCUUGCCAUGAUUUAACCCAUGCUGGUUAGAAAUUCUCCAUGAAAACAUCCAUUUUGAUACAAUGUACACUUUAGUGUUCACCCUUAGAUACAUGUUGAAAGAGCUCAUUGGUACACAAAGGUGACAUACUUAGUCACACAAUAUCAAAGAAUUGUAAGGGGUGGCCCCCGUGGAGGGGUUUUCCAGUCCUGUUGGGAAUCAGUUGUGAAUACAUUCUUUGUUCGAGUGCUUGUUUACUAAACAUGUGCAGUGGUAGGUAUUAUUAGUGCUAGACUCCAAUAGGCACUUCCCCAGUUGUGUGGGGAAGACCAGAGCUUGGAAUUCUGUCAGCUUUGGUCCAUAUUUCUCACAGUGCUGUGUUUUAGAAAAUAGGGUUUAAGAGAGAUAACAGCUUUUUACAUUGUGAGUGUGCUUGCCUUGUCUAAUGACGGAUAAUUCCUUAACAUUUCUCUCCACCUUAGUACUUUAAGCUAAUUGUACGUGUCUGUCUAAGCCAUGAGUAAGUGGACUGUAGUUGGACCAAAAUAAAAUAAAUGAGCCACUGGAAUGAAAACAUCACAGAACGUUCCAGCAGUCAGUUCCUGGCCCCUAGAUGUGUUCUUAGCAGUGCAAAUAUCUGAUUGUACCCUGGCAGCAUCAUGUCAUCUUGUAGCAGUCCCAGCUCUGUAGUUUAUGAUGCAAAUCUGUCCAGAGAUUUGUGUGUCGCUUCAAGGCUUCUGAGAGCUGGGAGAAUUUUCUGCAGCUGUUUCAAAGUUGUGGCCUGUCCUUGAAUCUUCUAUUAAUUACCAUGCCUGAGCUGGAGGGAGCUACGCCACAAGGGUGGGCCCCAGGCCUGCAGGGAACUUUCUAGAUUCCACCUCUUUGAAUUGAUGUAGGCAUUUGGGCUAGCUACUUGACCGUUCUCAUCCUGUGAAACGUCCCACACUUUGAAGCAAAUGUAAUUCACAGCACAGUACACACAAAAAACCCUGGCAUAAGACAGAGGAGGUUCUUCUCAUUUUGUGAGCUGGUUGCCUUGGAAACGGAUAACAAAGGGCGGCCUUCCACUUCUGGUGUAAUUGUGAAGCCCCUUUCUCAGGCUUGACACCUGUCUGAAUAAGAGUGAUUAGAGCUGCAUAAUAUCCCUCUCUUGGCUAUUAAGUAUGUGGUUCACGUACUGAACUCUGUAGAACUUAGAAAGUGUUCAUGUUCGUAUGUACUUGUUUGCUACUAAUACAUUUUUGAGGUUUUGUAAAACUGUUAUUUUUUUUUCACGAUGUGAAACUGAAGGUCAAUAAAUUAUUAGAGAUUUUCUCUUCA